AUGCGACGCUUUCUGCGCUCAUCAACGCGCUCCGUUGCGCAGUGGUUGAGAGCACACCCGACGGGACUAGCUCCUGCGGGAGACCUUUGUCGCCCCAUACCAAUCUUCUCUUCGUCUACCGGGGCAUUCACUGGAAUUUUGAUCGGAACUAUAGGAUCUGCCCUGUGGUUUGCAGAAGGCACAGAAGGGCCUCGGUGUGAUUUCCAGGCACUGCAGGCUAGAAGCUAUGCCAGUCCAGCAUCUACAAGGAAAGGAAUCGCACAAAUUCGCCAAGAACUCGGAGACGCUUCGGUGAGCACGGACGAAGACGAUAUAGAAGAGCACGGAUAUUCAGAGUGGUCAACAUCCAACUCAUCCGUCAGGCCGAAAGCUGUCGUGCGCCCAACGAGUACGCAGGAUGUGGCCAGUAUAGUCAAGAUUUGUUCCCACUACAGAAUCCCAAUGGUACCAUACGGCGCGGGUUCCAGUGUAGAGGGCAACUUUUCCUCCACACACCCCGGGGUCUGCAUUGACUUAUCCCUUAUGGACAAGAUUGUGGAGUUUCACCCAGACGACUUGGAUGUGACUGUGCAGGCUGGCGUAAACUGGACUCAACUUAACGAAAGCAAUGAACUUAAGGCGAGUGGGUUGUUCUUGCCUCUCGAUCCUAGCCCAACGGCACAGAUUGGUGGCAUGAUUGCAACGAACUGUAGUGGAACCAAUGCCAUGAGAUAUGGUACGAUGAAGGACUAUGUUCUAAAUUUGACUAUUGUACUAGCGGACGGCUCUAUCAUCAAGACCAGGCGUCGGCCGCGCAAGACUUCGGCUGGUUACAACCUGAACGGCCUAUUUACCGGAUCCGAAGGCACACUUGGAAUUAUCACGGAGGCAACCCUAAAACUAGCGGUUGUACCAUCUGACUACAGUGUGGCAACCGCUACAUUUUUAACCGUAAAGGAUGCUGCGGACGCGGCGUCCAAGAUGAUUCGCAAAGGCAUCAACCUCGCCGCUUGCGAACUGAUGGAUGAUGAACAGAUGAAAGUCAUAAACAAGAGCGGUGGGGUGGGAGGAAAGAUGUGGGAAGAGUUACCGACUCUGUUUCUCAAGUUUUCAGGUUCGCAACAAAACAUCGAGGACAGUGUCCGGUUGGCAAAGAGCGCCAGUACUUCUUCCAAGUGCCAGACAUUUCUCUCUGCGAAGAAGAAAGAAGACAUGGACUCUUUGUGGUCCGCGCGCAAACAAGCUCUUUGGGCUUGCCUUGCUGCCCGCCCGGAGGGUACGGAAAUCUGGUCCACCGAUGUAGCAGUUCCAAUCUCACGUAUGGCACAAAUGAUAGAGGAAUCCAAAAACGAUGCAAUGCAGAUGGGCCUCUUCUCCAGCGUACUUGGUCACGUUGGUGACGGCAACUUCCAUCAGAUGAUCAUGUAUGAUCCGAAGAGACCAUCGGACGUGGCGAACGUGAAGGGCUUCAUAAAUGGAAUGAUGCAAAAAGCUUUGGAGAUGGAAGGAACUGUGUCGGGCGAACAUGGCAUCGGCAUUGGGAAGAAGCAUUGCUUACUUGAAGAAUUGGGCUCUGAUACAAUUGGGGUAAUGAAGGCUAUCAAAGGUCGCUUGGAUCCUCACUGGCUCAUGAAUCCUGGGAAGAUAUUUGAUGAAUAA